CGUCCCCUCCUGCAUUCUCAACUAUGGCACAAGAGCAUCGUGAGGAUGCUGCCACGUCCUAUGGAGGCCUCAAAGUUCCCAUUGCUUUCGCGAAGCACGAUGAGACAGCCGAAGCGGAGACUGUCGUCCACCUCGAAGAAUGGAAGAGGAAAGCAUACGAAGUCCUGAGCAGGUUGCGAGAGGAUCUCCGCGCGCGAGGACCUGUGGAUGCUGAUGCUCAAGCAGAGAUUGUAUAUUAUUUGUCUCCCUUUGCUGGAGAUGGGCCAUGGGUGCUGGAGCGAAGUCGAAACGUCGCACUAGACAUUCUGAAUGCUUAUGUGAUAUCGUCCACCGACUUACAGGAGCAAGUCCUCCGUGGCUUUAUCAAACCCAUCUUCCAGCCUAAUCCCCAUCCUUCGGUUAAUAUCGAGACAGGUCGCAAGCUUCCUCGCCCGGCCGGUGGUCCUCUUGGUCACCUGGAUUAUAUGGAAGGGCAGGAGUGGAAGAAUCACCCCGAAGUCUCGCAUGUUAUAUCUUGGUGCCUAUCGCAUACCGAUACUCGAUCCGUGGAGAAACUAUGGCAUCUGUUCGUUCCUCCCAUCAUGACAAUGCUUGACGAUUAUGAUGCGAAAUACAAAUUGCGAGGCGUCCAACUCGUGUCGCAGCUGCUUGAGGUCUCCCCUCCUGACCUGCUGCGACGUACAGGGAUUGACACUCUGAUCCUCAGUUCCCUCAAGACAUGUCUGACAUUCCUCCAACAUCGGGAGACACCAGAUCUCAUUCGCGCAACCGUGCCAACGAGCGUCCGACUGACCGAGCUCACGACCGCAGACGGCUCUGAGACCCGCUUCGAUCAACUCUGCGCCCUUCUAGGAGAUUGCAUCCUAGCCAAUAUAUGGCUUUACGCCUCGAGGGAGCUGGACGCCUUGCAGGCAUCUGUAGACGCGAUCCCUAUACUUGUUCGCACUUUGGGCGUCGGAACUUCUCGCUACCUGAAGGGCUUGAUCCCCCAACUCGUCUUCCCUCUCAUUCCGAGCCCAGAUAACGGCGCUAGUGUGGAGUACAAGCUCUCGUCCCUGCAGGCCCUCCUUGCGGUCGUGGAAGUAUCCGCGCCCAGGAUACCUAAGUGGCGGGGUACAAUCCUGGAGGCUAUCCUGAAGUGCUGGGUGGACAUUCCGAGCAAUGCGACAGCAGAAGAAACGAUACAAUUAAAGGACCAUUGCCGUGCCGUUUGUGCUGUCCUGUGGACGGUUUGUCAGUCUGUUGCAGAGGCCGUUCACGGGGACUAUGAACGUAUUCUGUCACUGAACCCAAAACUAUUCGGACCGCUCCUGCAGCUCCCUUAGGUGAAAGCGUCAGCGUAGAGUAGAACGGAUGAGAAAUAUCUCUCGUCACAUACAUCGGACACCACGUCAACUUCUCUUGGUUGGUUGUAAGAAACGUGCCACGUAUCUUGUUCUGACGCACGAGCGAUAUUCUGCUGAGCCUAGCGUUUCUCACGUAGGUUGGGUGAGUCACGCACAUGAGCACCAUGAGUUAUUGUU